AUGAGUCUUCUUCUUUUUCAAAAGGUCUGCAAUUCUAUGAUGUUGCGUCACUCUGAGUUAAUACAAAUAUAUAGAGCAUCAUACCUACGUGCCUUCUUCUUCUUGUUCAAAGGGUCUGUUGCAGCUGAAGAUCUUGCUGUUGCUUUUUGUCGAUAUCAUGUGUAUUGUUUGCUUCAUAAAGCUACCUCUAAUGUCCAUUUCUUAGAAAGAGAAUCACAAUGCCAAAGCUAUGAUGUUUUAUCAUUUGGUAAAUUUCGGCGAGAGACUUUCUUUGAAGAUUUUGAUGAACAUCCUGAGAGAAUUUUUCAAGCAACAUUUGGAACCAGGUGGUAUACCUGGUCUUUCAGGUUAUGGGAAGAGUCUUCUUUUCAAAGGUCUACACCUGGGUCUGACUGGAGAGAGCAUUCGAACUGCACUAGCAGUAGAAGUAAAGAAUGGGACAGUACAAGUGGUACUGAGUCUGAGGAUGAAUCAUGUACUGUAGGCUCAUGUUCUGAAAGAACAAUACUUGGUUUGCCUCCAAAUGGUCCUUUAAAGAUUGAAGAUGUUAAAAAUGCUUUUCGGUUGUCAGCUUUGAAGUGGCAUCCUGAUAAGCAUCAAGGUCCCUCACAGGACAUGGCAGAAGAGAAAUUCAAGCACUGCGUCAAUGCGUACAAAUCACUGUGCAAUGCGCUCUCCACAGCAACCUCUAGGUUUAGUUUCUGA